GCACCCACCAUGCGGUCGCUCUUCCUGCUUUGGGGCUGUCUGGUGCUCCCAGGCUAUGGGUCCCUGGUGGGUCCAAAGGAGAUCAGCGGGUUUGAAGGGGACACGGUGUCCCUGCGCUGCACCUACGGGGAAGAGCUGAAGAAGUUCCAGAAAUACUGGUGCCGGAAUGCGGGGUUGUUGUUGAACCGCUGCUCCAACCGGGUCUACGCGACAGAAGAUGGCCGGGAGAAGACGGUGGGCAAGGUGUCCAUCCAGGACAGCCGCCACGAGCGCACGCUCAAGGUGACCCUGCGGGGAAUCAGCAUGCAGGAUGCAGGGCAGUACUGGUGUGGGGUCCAGAAGCUGGGCUUCGACAACAGCGUCCUCAUCUCUCUGCUGGUCUUCCCAGCGUCUUCUGGUCGCCACCCAGCAGUCAGCACAGCCAAGACGGGGAUCCAGGCCCCGCCGCUCACAGGGGGCUCCCCUCACGACCACGAAGGCGCCUCCUCCCCGUCCCCCGGAACAUCUCCCUCCGCGGGGCCCUCUCCUCACGCUCACGCCGCGACCUCUCCUCCUGCAGGGACCUCCCGGCCCACCGCCAGGCUGGACCCCCCCACAGCAGAGGACCCCAGCAGCAGCGACAUCUCCCCGCUCAGAACGCUGGUGCCCACGGCCCGCACGCUGGCUCCAGUGUUGGUGCUGAUCUCCCUGCUCCUGGCCACGGGCCUGGCCGCUCUGCUCACCCGCUACGUGUUCCCCUGGAGGAAGGAAGCUGUGCUGGAGGACCCACCGAAGGACACGGAGGAUGAGAAAGUGCAGCUGUCACACAUGACACAGGGGAACAGCUGGGGCCCGGAGUGCGCCGUGAUCAACCUGGCGGGGCCCAACGAGCCUGACUCCAGCUCCCCACCCCCCGCCUGCCCCUACACAGAGGGACAGCCCCUGAACCAGACUUCAGAGGAAAACCAAGCCUCUCCGCUGGACGCUCAGGGGGACCUGGUGCCCGGGAUUCCCCUCCAGGUGCCCGGGGAAGAGUCAGGCUUUGUCCCCGUAUAGGCCCCGAGGGACCUCCAGGCCAGGCCACCCAUGAACCGACCCAUUGGAAUAAGCUUCUGGCUGCAGAUUCCAAGUUCACCCACCCGUGAGCACACCCCUCCUCCUGCUUGCUCCCCACCUGGUCUGGAAGCUUCUGUCAGCGCUGGA